GUCUUGUGAGCCGUGCUAGACAUAGGGUUUCUCUUGAAUCGUCUCUCCUCCUCGAAGCUCCACCGCUGAAACUCUGAAGCAAAAUGGUCUUUGUUAAGGCGCAAAAGUCGAAGGCCUACUUCAAGCGUUUUCAAGUUAAAUUCAAGAGAAGGAGAGAGGGGAAGACCGACUAUCGUGCGAGGAUUCGUCUGAUUAAUCAAGAUAAGAAUAAAUACAAUACACCGAAAUAUCGGUUUGUUGUUCGAAUUUCCAACAAGGACAUCAUUGCACAAGUAAUAUCUGCUAGCAUUGCUGGUGAUAUGGUUCUUGCAGUUGCUUACUCUCAUGAGCUUCCACGCUAUGGGCUUGAGGUUGGUCUGACCAACUAUGCAGCAGCUUACUGCACUGGGCUGCUCCUUGCCCGUCGGGUCUUGAAAAUGCUUGAGAUGGAUGAGGAGUAUCAGGGCAAUGUUGAGGCAACUGGUGAAGAUUUCUCAGUUGAACCCACAGAAAGCAGGAGGCCAUUCCGUGCUCUUCUUGAUGUUGGCCUUGUGAAGACAACAACUGGGCAACGUGUGUUCGGUGCACUGAAGGGAGCACUGGAUGGUGGACUCGAUAUUCCUCACAGUGACAAGAGGUUUGCUGGGUUUAGUAAGGAUGACAAGCAGCUCAAUGCUGAGGUCCACCGCAAAUAUAUUUAUGGUGGCCAUGUUGUUGCUUACAUGAGGCAAUUGACUGAGGAUGAGCCAGAGAAAUACCAGUCUCAUUUCAGUGAGUACAUCAAGAGAGGGAUUGAUCCUGAUAACAUGGAAGAGAUGUACAAGAAGGUACAUGCUGCCAUUCGUGCCGACCCAAUGUUGAAGAAAUCUGAGAAGGAACCACCUAAGCAGCAUAAGAGGUACAACUUGAAGAAGUUAACCUAUGAAGAGAGGAAGGCAAAGUUGAUUGAGCGGUUGAAUGCCCUGAACUCUGCAGUUGUAGGCGAUGAUGACGAGGAUGAUGAUGAGUAGAAGCAAUUUCCUGAAAGUUUUGAUAGAUG